AUUCUCUUUCUCUUUCUGAUUCAAAAACUCAGCAACAACAACAAAAAUUUCAUCAUCCAAAAAAAAUAGUGGUGAGAAAAAAGGGAGAAAGAGAUCAUCACAACCAAAGAACCAACCAGCUACACACAUAUUGUCUGCAAAGAGAUGUACAACAACAACAGAAAAAAGAAAGAAAGAAACAAGUGAGAGUUUUGUAUGUAUCGCGUUCAAUAAAAAGCUUGGCAAAGCGAUUUUUUUUUUCAUCUCAAGGCUACAACACAAUAUGCAUACAUGUAUCACUCACGCACACACACAAAAAUCCAUCACACAUAUAUAACACACGAAAAAAACCAUAGCCAAACAGUAAAAACAAAUUUGAUUGAAAAAUCAAGAAAUUAACGACAACAUCGGAAUCGAAUCGAGACAUUUAUUCAUUCGAUUUUUUGUUUUGUUUGUUUGUGUUUAUCUCCCUACACUACCCAAGAUUUGAUUUCUGGUAAGAGACAUAGUCAUCACCGUUGAUGGUUGAAGAAUCAUAUUCAUCAUUUCAUGCUGCCAACAACGUUCGAUUAUGAUGAUGAAUUGAAUUGAAUUCAAAAGAAUCACACACAUAAUUGGCAAUCAAUUUACGAUUUCAAUCACAUCAACACAUUAUCAUUUUUUUUUGUUUUUUUGUUUUUUUGUUUUUUGUUUCUUGUUUUUCUUCGAUCGAUGGCAAAUGUGCUCAUCUUUGAAUAUCUAAAUCUAAAUUUGCAUUGAUGUGUUUGUGUGUGUGUUGAUUACAUUCAUAAAUUUACACCAGCGAUUGUUAUUAUCGAUUUGGAUGGAUGGAAAAACCUAAAUGCUCUCAUAUAUCUUCUGCUGCUAUACUAAAAGCCAUUGAUUUUCAAACAAACAAACAAACACACACACACCAAGCAGCCAAUAUACAAACAAUUGUUGUAUAUCACUAAAAUCAUCAUCAAUACACAUAUGCUACUGUAAUGUGAAAUUACUGAAACAACUGAGCAAAAAUUGAUUCCAUUUUAUUUUUCAAUUGAUCGAUUAUGGUUAUGAUUUGACAAGAUAUAAAUAAUCAUCAAAAUCAAAACAAAUAAUUAUUAUUGAUGAUGAUGAUGAUGAUACAGCAGCAGCAACAACAACAACAACAACAACAACCAUAAUGUUUAUUUGACACACAAAGAAUUGUCAACGAACCGAUUCAAUAUAUUGAAAAAAAAUCGAAUCUCAAUGAAAGCCAACCAACAAGUCAGCAACAACAACAACAAGAACAAAAUCAAAAUCAAAAUCAAAAUAAUUUGAUCAUCAUCGUCAUCAUCCAAACAGUUUAAAACUGUUGUAUGAAGCAAGCAUCAAAUGAAUUUGUUUGCCUUUCUAUAAAAUCAACUCAUCAUUAGGAAGAAAACCCUUUGGUUGAUUGUUAUUGAAAAUUUUCAACUAUAGUUCUACAGAAAAAGAAAUUAUUUGACAAUUGUGUGACAGACAAAAUGACUCUACAAUCGAAAUUGUUGACAUGCCGUUGUUUGAAUGUUCAAUUGAUUCAUGAUCAACGUGAACAACCUUCAAUUGAAAAAACAUUCGAACUAUUGGGACGUAACCAAAACAGUGAUCAAGAUUUGGAUCAAUUUCUAAUCAAUUCGAAUUUGAUUCAAAUUAUUCCGGCUGGAAUUAAAAUUAAUUACGAAUAUCUGUGUUUGAAAAGAGUGAUUGAGGACAAUUUGCAGAUAGUCUUCUGUACCGUAUGUGAAUUAGAAACUCAUGCUAUCUUUAUUUCGAAAACAUCAUCAUCAUCAUCAUCGAGUCAUAUGAUGGUUGAUUCAUCCAAAGGAUCGAUUGCUUUUGCCAAUUCUUCGUUAUUGAGUGAUGAAAAAGCGAUAUUGGAAUUAAAAUCAUCGAAAAAUUUUUCACCUGCAUUAGGCAUCAUAGUGCCUGAUCGAUUGAUGACCAAUCUAAAUAAUGAAAUGAAACAACAUAAUACCGGCGAUUCGGGAAUCGCUAGAACCGACAGUGACAAUUCAUAUUUUUUGGUUUCAAACUACAUACAGGCGGAUGUAGCCGAUAAAAUCAAAAUGUUUUUGAAACAAGAAAAGCUCCACAUGAAUGAACGUAUUAAACGUUUUUCAUCUGAACAGGAAAAACAAUUCAAACAAAUUUAUCAGAAAACAUUGAAUAACAAGCAAUCAUUUUUGCGAAUGAUCGAAGCAAUCAAAAUCCGUCACAAUAUCGACAACAACAAUGAUGAGGAUAACAAAGACAAUAAAGAGAAUCGUAAUGAUGCUGCUGUUCGACAGCAUCGUCGAUUAACUGAUUCGUUUGUGAUGGAUAAAAAUUCAAUUCAAUUUGAUAACCGAUCACAAAAGAUAUCUGCUAGUGAUCUACCAUCCUCAUUGUCGACAGUGCAUACUGCAGUGAAAAAUUCUGAUGAAUUUGAUUCCAUAUUCGAUAUUGAUGAUUUGGAUGCAAAUCAAUUUGGUGGCUCAUCAAUGGAAUCGUAUGGUCGUGUUGUGCGACAACGUGAUAACAGUGAUGAUAAUGAUGAUGAUCAGGUCGGUGAACAAUUGAAUGAUGAUGAUGAUGAUGAUCUUCAUGAAGAACGUCGUGACAAUGUCUUUCCGUUGAAAGAAUCACACCAAUAUUCAUCAGUACUUAAUAACCAAACAUACAACAUAAUGAAUGAUGAAUCAUAUUCCUCAAGUGCUAGUGGUAAUGUUGUUGUUGGCUUACCGAUUUCAUCUUCCGAUCAUCGAAAUUUACAACGAAAAAUUUCCUCAUCCUUGGUUUCCCAUAAUAUUAAUCAUCAUGCACAACAACAAAAUUUUUAUCAUGAUGAUCAUGAUGAUUAUUCGAGCCAACGACAGCAUUAUCAUCCAUCGACACAAAUUGCAAAUUCUUUGCCAAUACAGAUACCUCAGUUCGGUGGUAGGCGAAACGAUCGUGAAAUGGAAGAGAGUUUUCGAAUUAAUCCCGGUGAAUCGAUGGCCGAUUCUAUAAAAAAAAUGGCUCGUAGCGUACGAAAUGAAAUUUACAUACUUGAUGAUCGACCACGUCGACGUUUGAACACUGGUGAUCUCAUCAAAUCACGUCCAUUUUACAACUGAUGAAUUGCCCUUUUCCCACAAUCCAAUCGUAUUGUUUCGAUUUUCAUAAUCAUAAGCCAUCAAACAUUCAUAUUUUUUUCACUCGCGAUCUGGUUAUUGUUUCCAUUUUUUUUUUAUUAUUCGCUCUUGUCUCCUGUUGCUUGCGUCGUUCAUCAUUAUUCCUGGUCAGAAGAAAAACCGAAAUAGCCACCAAAGGAAAGUGUGUCUGUGUUUGUCUGCUUGAUGAUUACCGUUUUUUCUCACUGUCAUCUGUUGAUAUUUUUUUUUUAAUUUGUGCAUCUAGAAUUACACAUGAUAUUUGUGCAUCAUCAUGAAUAUGAACAUAUUAUACAUGAGCACAGAUUAUAAUUUUGUUGAUCAUUUUUCAAAGUAAUAACCACCAAUUUUCAUUCGGUGUGUUGAAUGCGAUAACUUUUUUACAAGUAAAAUUUUUAGCAAAGAAAAAAA